AUGGAAACAGAAUCCCUCAGCAGUUCGGAUUGCCAGAAACUAGUCGAUUAUAUCAACGCAACGUCUGGCGAAACAUCUUGGGUCACAUCCAGUAAUUUUGCUUCCUUGAGCAUGUCCGAAAAACUGAAUGUUGCUCCUUUGUCUUCUAAAUGCGAGCUUCAUGGUCAGAUCACUCAUAAGGAUGUUUCCUUUUCAAUGUGGAAAAGUAAUCCUAACAACAGCAUCAUUUCUGUGGAUACCUCUUUUCCAAAACUUCUCCACUUUGCUCGGAUUGAAACCAUAUUCACCCAUGUCAGAAAAACCACCAAUGGAGAACAUAUAACCGAUACUUGGCUCAAAGUUAAGCCAUUGCCACCAAUCCCAGUCACCACCUCUGAUGUCUUUGCCAACCUAAAUCACCCUCAUCUUCAACUACAUCUCCGAUUACCGGCUAUCAAUGAUGAAUACAUGAUUAAAAGUACAGACAUAGUUUCCCACUGCGCUUGGCUUGAGUAUUCUGCAAGUGAGCUUGUUUCUGAAAUAGACUAUCCAGUUGUUGCAUUGGUGUCUGUUGAUCGAGAAUGA